UCCACAUAAUCGGGAUGGGAUGGGUUUUGUUUGCCGAUUGCAUUUGCAUUCCUAUUUUGGCCAUCACCAUACUAAUCCGAGACUGUUCAUUUCAACGGUCACUCAUUUUCCUCAGUGAUAAAUAAUCAACCAUUUUAUAAUUUUCCCUUAUUAUCACUACCUUCGUGUCUGUCUUCUCUAAUUUUCUUUGUCGAAUUUGGAAAUCAUUUAUAAUGGCAAUGCCCUUCCACUCUCUUCCUCGUUAAAUUCCAUUGUGUCCCAGCGAGUCCAAAAAUUCAUGGAGUUCUAGUGUGUUUAUGAUGGAAAUGGCUCCAGUUGGCACCUCAUUUGUUAAAGUACAGAGGAAUUUGCAGAGGUUUAUGACAGUUCUACAAUCAGCAGCUUCUGAAUGGUUUUUGAUCUUUCUGCUGCUUAUUGAUGCUGCACUGUCGUAUCUGCUGACAAAAUUUGCAAGUUAUUGCAGAUUGCAGAUACCUUGCAUGUUUUGUUCCAGGCUUGGUCAUUUUCUGGGCAAUGAAAAACCUGGAUUUUAUAAAAAUGUAAUUUGCAGCAACCAUAGAUCAGAAAUAUCAACCUUGAUUUCUUGUCACAUUCAUGGGAAGCUUGCUGAUGGCUAUGGAAUGUGUGAGGAAUGUCUAUUGUCAUCCACUAUGAAAAGCAAAUCAAGCACAGAUAUAAACAGACUGUUGAUGGGUAAGUUCGGGUUUGAUAUUGGCACUAAUGGUUUUGAGAACUAUCUGUGGAGCAGAGAACUUGUUUCUGGUUCUGUUGGUAUGAGGAUGUGCUCAUGUUGCAAUAAGCCUUGGAGAUCAAGACAGCCUUCCAACAGAGUAGCCCAACUGAAAUCACCUAGGAGUGGGAUGACUAAGCCUAAUAUUCCCAUGCCCCACCAUUUAACCCACCGUGAAAAUAUAAAGAAAAGGAGAGAGAAUUUUCCUGGAUCUGUAACAUCUCACCGUCUUGUAAGGUGUGGUCACAAUCCUGGGUCACAAGUAGCAUACACUGAGCUCAAGUUCACUUCUGAUUCUGAGUCGGAAUUCCCAUUUUCUGAUGAUGAUGAGGGCCGUAGUAUUAGUCAUAUAAUGAAGGAGCUGAAGGAAGAGCCUAUAGUUCCCCCCAAAACAUGGACUGAUGGUAUAGCCUCGGAGAAGAUGACAUAUCAUUCCUUGAAAGGUUUGGCUUCUGAUGUUGAGUUUAACAGGCAGCAAGCUGAUCAUGAACACUAUCCCUCUGCCCUACCUCAGCUUAUUUCUUUUGAUGAUUUUCCUUCUUCAUCCAGUGUAAUGGACACUCAUGUAGGAGUGUCAUCGACGGGAAGUGAGCUCAUGUUUCCUUUCUCUCAGAAUUACAAUCUUUCUGCACUCUCUGAUCUCAUGUCACUAGCAGUUCCCUCAUCAUCUAAUGCUGUUGAAGGUCCUUUGGGAGCAUCAGAAAGGAAAUCAGCAAAUGACACUGGAAUGGGUGACAGACAAGAUAUAUCCAUCAACAAGGACAAGGAAAUUUCUAUAUUAACUGCAAAUACCAGAGGAGGUGGUCAGGUUGCUAAUGAAGUGCCUUCUAUAAAUUCACGUAGUGUGGAUCUGAUUGAUGUAUGGAAGCCUGCUGCCAGUGGUGAGGAUGGAGAAUCAAGAACUUCUAUGGCAAAAAAACAGACUGUGAAUGGACCUGAAAGAGUUGAUACGGAGUUGCCGACGGAAAAUGUUUUUGCUGAAGGGCCUGAUUUAUCUUUGCAUAACACUAUCACCGGGAUUGAAGGUCAUGAUGAUGAAUUGCAGAUGAAUAAUGCUUUGGGAUCUAAUGGAGUUCAAAUCCUUAAGACAGAGAGCACUGAAUCAUCCGGUCUUGAGUCUCUCGAUGGAAGCUUUUUCACUGAGAUUGAAGGUGAAAGUAUUAUUGAUCGGUUAAAGCGACAAGUGGAGUCAGAUAGGAGACACAUAAGCGCUUUGUACAAGGAAUUAGAGGAAGAAAGAAGUGCUUCUGCAAUUUCUGCAAAUCAGGCAAUGGCCAUGAUCACAAGGUUGCAAGAGGAAAAGGCAGCACUUCAUAUGGAGGCCCUGCAGUACCUAAGAAUGAUGGAAGAGCAAGCAGAGUAUGAUGUUGAGGCUCUGGAGAAAGCUAAUGAUCUGCUGGCUGAGAAAGAGAAAGAAAUACAGGACUUGGAAGCAGAGAUAGACUCUUUGCAAUUGAACCUCUCCAAUGAAUCAACAGCAGAGACUAUACAUGUGGAAAGUGAUGAUCUGAAGGGGAAAAACAUGAGUUUAGAGAAUACUUCCCCAUACUAUGGUGAUACCAUUGUUCCUUGUAGCUCAUCAUUUAGGGAGGUCUUGAAUGACAAUGAGAAACCUGCUAGUGUCAAAUCUUCUUUGUCAGAAUAUGAAGAUGAAAAGUUGCUCAUUUCAGAACGUUUGAAGGGUUUGGAGAGGAAACUUCAUCAAUUUGCAUCUCAUGGGGGUUCGCAAUUCAUGUCUAAUAGUGACUAUUCCAAGGAAGCAGCUCAUGGAGGGCAUAAUGUGGGAGAAUCUUUAGACUAUGAGGGGAGUCCAACUGCUGAUCAGACAAAAGAGGAUAAUUUGUCAAUGCAAAAGGAUUCACCUGUAUCUAAUGGAAGCCUUCCUGCCCAUGAAAUGUCCAGUUCUUCAGUGGGCAAACAUCAAGUUUUUGCCAACAAUGAAAGUAACCAUCUGAUUUUUGAUGGGAAAAAAUCGUCCAAGCAACACAAAGAAAUUGAUUUGGUUGUUCUUGAAAAUGAGAUCUCAGACCUUAAUGGAAGAUUGGAGGCACUUGAAUUUGAUAGGAAUUUUCUGGAGCAUGCUUUCAAUUCUCUUCAAUCUGGAAAAGAGGGACUACAAUUUGUUCAAGAAAUAGUUCAUCAUCUGCAAGAAUUGCGGAAAAUUGGGAUGAGAAAUAGCAGCCGGUCUGUUCCAUGAGUUUAUAUGCUUUAUUAUGGGAUAUGCGCUUGGCACUACUGAAAGAAUUGGAAGCCAAGCACAUUAUCUACCAGCAUUUCAGUGCAGGACUUGCUAAAUGCUCUGCUGCAUCAUCUCAGCUAUCGUCUAAAUCAUAUACAGACAUAAUGAGCUCUAAUGUACAGGUAAUAAUACCUUAAAUUUCUGGAAGAAAAGAAUAACAUACUCCGAGGGUUGGUUCUGUCCAUUUUGAAGUGAUUUCCUCCAUUUUUCUUCCGCCCUCAUGGUGGAUUUCUUUAGCCACCUCUCCUGUUACUCCAACUUGUAGGCAGGUUCAUCGUUUUUUAUGGUUGUGAGGGCACCAAUAGAGGAGAUUGCAUAAAGUUGCAUCGUUUUUAUUAACUUUACUAUCUAUAAUUUCUUGAAGUCAACAAGUCCGUUGUAAAUUCGAAAGACCACCUCUCUUCAUUUCUUUCUACCAUGCAGGGGCCACUUUCAUUAUCCCUAGUGACAGAGAGGAAAAUGAGAAGCAAUUCUUCUCUUCCUUUAUCCAA